AUGAUAGAGAAAUCUUACAAAAAUAACGAUUUAGGAAUUGAGAUAAAAUCAUUUAUCGACAAACAGCAAAAUGUUUGGUUUAAGGGAAAAGAUGUUGCUGAGAUUCUCGGAUAUAGUAAUACUAGAAAAGCUAUUUGUAAUCAUGUUGAUAAUGAGGAUAAAAAGCAAAUUUGUUGCCGUACCCAAAAUGGGCACGCCAACAAUUCUGAUGUAAGAGGUAAGUAUUUUACAUAUAUAAACGAAAGUGGAUUCUACUCUUUAGUUUUAUCCUCUAAACCGGAAUCAGCUAAAAAGUUUAAAAGAUGGACUACUUCUGAAGUAUUACCUUCAAUUCGUAAAUACGGUCAAUGUAAAAUGUUUGAUUCCCCCUAUAAUAAAAUGAUUAUGAUUUCUAAUGAAAAAGAGUUGCAUUACAAAGUCGUGAAUCUAAUCAAAAAUUAUUACCCAAAUGCAAUUCUAGUUGCUGGACUGGGUGAGAAUCAGGAUACGGAGGAAAAGCGAUUAGACUCUUGGAAAAAAGGGUAUCAGCGAGGGCAACCAGAUUUGAUGAUCUUAAAUUAUCAUCAUGAUUAUUCUGGAAUGUGUAUAGAAUUUAAAACACCAACAAAUAAUUUUGAA